GUUAACUAUAAGGUGAAGAGAAGUAUGAUAGAACCAUCUGGCUGAGUCUGAGUGUGAAGACCAUAUAUCCACCAGAACAAGGCAGGAUGGAGCUGCACCAAAGCACUACCAUCAGCCUCUUGGAGAAAUGGUGUUUGGAUGAAUCACCACCUAGCUGCAGGAGACAUUCUAAUGUCAGAAAAAAACUGAAGUUCAUUCGCAUUGUAGGCCUCAUCAUAGGCCUGGUAGCCAUGAGCACUGUCCCAUUUACAGUCAGUGCCUUUUCUGAGACAGACACACGGAACCCAGAAGAGGCCAGUAUUGUAAGUGGCCCUAGAGUAGCACGCAGUCACCAUCAAAGAACUCUCUUAGAUUUCAAUGAUGAGAUUCGGGAUGACACUCCCCAGCCUCCUCUUUCUCUGGAAGACAGAUCUGAUGAUAAUAAUACAGAGCAGGCCCAAGGAGACUACCCAAAAGAUAUCUUUUCCCUUGAGGAACGAAGAAAAGGGGCCAUCAUUCUCCAUGUCAUUGGAAUGAUCUACAUGUUCAUAGCCUUAGCCAUCGUGUGUGAUGAGUUCUUUGUUCCCUCUUUGACCGUCAUCACUGAAAAACUGGGCAUCUCUGAUGACGUAGCUGGAGCCACCUUUAUGGCUGCAGGGGGAUCAGCCCCAGAACUUUUCACAUCUCUCAUUGGGGUGUUCAUUGCUCACAGCAAUGUUGGCAUAGGCACCAUUGUAGGCUCGGCAGUGUUCAAUAUCCUCUUUGUUAUUGGCAUGUGUGCUCUGUUUUCUAGAGAAAUUUUAAACCUGACAUGGUGGCCACUCUUCAGGGAUGUGUCCUUCUACAUUGUUGAUUUGAUCAUGCUGAUCAUAUUUUUCCUGGAUAAUGUGAUCAUGUGGUGGGAAAGCUUACUUCUCUUAUCAGCUUAUAUUGGCUACGUGAUUUUCAUGAAGUUCAAUGUCCAAGUAGAGAAAGGAGUGAAGCAAAUGCUAAAUCGCAAUAAAGUCGUCAAGGUGACUUCAUCAGAGGCCCCAGCAAAGUCACCUACAGCCGGGGAUAAGGAUGAAUCAGCUCUACCGGCUAAGCCACGCCUCCAGCGAGGUGGAAGUUCUGCCUCCCUCCACAACAGUCUCAUGAGGAACAGCAUCUUCCAGCUCAUGAUCCACACCCUUGAUCCACUCGCUGAAGAACUUGGAUCAUAUGGAAAACUAAAAUAUUAUGACACAAUGACUGAAGAAGGGAGGUUCAGAGAAAAGGCCUCAAUUCUCCACAAGAUUGCCAAGAAGAAAUGCCAUGUGGAUGAGAACGAAAGGCAGAAUGGGGCUGCCAAUCACGUCGAAAAAAUCGAACUCCCAAACAGCACGAGCACUGAAGUUGAAAUAACACCAUCCAGUGAGGCUUCAGAACCUGUGCAAAAUGGAAACCUCUCCCACACCAUCGAAGCUGCAGAGGCCCAGCAAACCACAGAGACAGCUGAGGAGGAGGACAAGCCCCUCAGCCUGGCCUGGCCCACCAGUGCCCGCAAGCAGGUCACCUUCUUGAUUGUUUUCCCCAUUGUAUUUCCUCUCUGGCUGACCCUGCCUGAUGUUCGCAAACCUUCAUCAAGGAAGUUCUUUCCCAUCACGUUCUUUGGUGCCAUCACUUGGAUUGCGGCAUUUUCUUACUUGAUGGUCUGGUGGGCACACCAGGUUGGAGAGACAAUUGGCAUUAGUGAAGAGAUUAUGGGUCUGACCAUCUUGGCUGCUGGAACCUCCAUCCCUGACCUUAUCACCAGUGUCAUAGUAGCCAGGAAGGGACUGGGGGACAUGGCCGUGUCCAGCUCUGUUGGAAGCAAUAUUUUUGACAUCACUGUAGGGCUCCCCCUGCCCUGGCUCCUUUACAGCAUCAUUCACAGAUUCAAGCCAGUGACCGUCAGCAGCAAUGGCCUCUUCUGCGCUAUUGUCCUUCUCUUUAUCAUGCUGCUCUUCGUCAUCCUCACCAUUGCCCUCUGCCGAUGGCGGAUGAACAAAGUCCUGGGCUUCAUCAUGUUUGGUCUCUACUUCGUAUUCCUGGUGAUCAGUAUCCUCCUAGAAGACAAAGUUCUCCUGUGCCCUGUCUCCAUCUAGUGGAAAAGCCAUAUCUUAAAUCAAUAGCAUGGAUGGAACCCUCCUGCUCUGGGCUCUAGGCUCCUCAACCUCUUGAAGAAGCA